GGACGGAUGGCUACUGGCUAAUAUAAGAAGGUGGUCCGCGAAGCAGCAGAUUUAUAUUAUAUUUUAAUAGUUUCCGACAAAAGACGACGAAAUCUCUCAUGAGCUGUCGUCUCUGGAGAGGAGGAAUGGGGGCUUUCUCUUUCUCUCUCUCUCUCUCCCCCCAUUUGAAUUAUUUCACCACGACUCCAAAAAUCCUGCGAUUCUCAUUCCUUCUUCCUGUUUCCGUAGCGGGGAUUUUGUGAUCAUCAAUAUCAAAAACAAUCAGAUUUCUUCUACCAAACGAUUAAUUGCCUUUUGGGAUACGAUUCAGGGCUUCUUUUGGGGCCUCUGUUUGAUUUAACACCUUGUUUGCUGCAAACCAAGAUAGCAAAGGAAACGAUGGUGUCGGACAAUGAGAUGGGUCUGGUAUUAGCUGUGUCGUCGAGCGUCUUCAUAGGUUCCAGCUUCAUUUUGAAGAAGAAAGGUCUCAAGCGCGCUGCUGCUAAUGGCACCCGCGCUGGUUUCGGAGGUUAUACAUAUUUGUUAGAGCCACUUUGGUGGGUAGGCUUGGUAACAAUGACUUUUGGAGAAAUUGCUAACUUUGUGGCUUACGUUUAUGCACCUGCUGUACUAGUCACUCCUCUUGGCGCAUUAAGUAUAAUCAUCAGUGCUGUUUUGGCACAUUUCUUGUUAGACGAAAAACUUAGGAAAAUGGGAGUUUGGGGAUGUGUUUGUUGCAUUGUGGGCUCAGUUAUGAUCGUCAUACACGCACCUCAGGAGCAGACUCCCAAUUCUGUAGAAGAAAUCUGGAAACUAGCAAUGCAACCAGCUUUUCUAAUUUACGUAGCCAUAUCAAUGUCGAUAGUCCUUGCUUUGAUUCUCUACUGUGAACCUCUCUGCGGCCAAACCAACAUUCUUGUGUAUAUCGGAAUUUGUUCAUUGAUGGGUUCUCUCACAGUUAUGAGCAUCAAGGCUGUAGGGAUUGCCAUAAAGUUAACAUUUGAAGGGAUAAACCAGAUCUGGUAUCCAGAGACUUGGUUUUUUGCCAUGGUUGCAGCAAUCUGUGUUGUUAUGCAAAUGAUUUACCUCAACAAGGCGCUGGACACAUUCAACGCAGCAAUUGUUUCUCCAAUCUAUUAUGUGAUGUUCACAACACUCACAAUUGUCGCUAGUGCAAUCAUGUUCAAGGACUGGAAUGGGCAAAACACAGACAGCAUAGCCUCUGAGAUUUGUGGAUUCAUCACAGUGCUUACAGGAACGGUUAUACUCCAUUCCACGAGAGAAGAGGAACAAGCUUCGCCACGACGAAUGAGAUGGCAGGAUUCAGGGAAGAGCUUUGACGAAGAACAUUUGACAAGUUUGUACAGUCCUGAAUAUUAGGAAGGUAACAAAGAUUUAAACCUUGUGCUGAACGGAAGGAUGUUGGGAUCCGAAUCAGAAGAUCAUCUAAUUAAUCUCUUAGUGGGGAAAAGAAUGUAAACUAGCUUUCUGUAUAUACUUGAUAGUUUUGUAACAGUCUUUUGUAUACAAAUUUGUCCACUGUUUGUUCAUAUUCAUUUCUUUUUGAGCUCUUAGGACAGAUUUGUUACCAUAUAUAGAUCAUAUAACAUUGACUAUUAUUAUUUUGAUCC